CUGCAUGUAAUUGUAGCAAUGUACACACCAUGGACAGGUUGCGAAAACACGUGCUGCACAUAAGCCAUGCUAUCAGUGAUCCCACUAUACAAAACAAAUGACGAGCAAGAAGGUUAAAGACUGUAUACAAUUACAUAGCAGGUGGACAAGGAAGUUGGACGGGACUUCUCCUUCUAAACAUGCAACAAAAUCGUAAGCAGUUCAUAUAUGAUUGACUGACAGAGACUAAAUGAUACUUACAUACCCAUUUCAACGAACAUCUAAAACAACUUACCAUUACUCAAUCUGAAACAAAGAUGGAUGACUCUAUAAAAUAAUAAUUCUCUGUUGACAGUGUUCGAGUGGUAAUUGUCAAGUGAUUGUUUCCCGGUGAUAGCUCACCAGUGGUAAACCUACCGUCGUUGUGUUCCAAUCAUAGAUCUCAAGUGGUGGCUUUGCCAUUGUCGUUUUCCAGUGAUUGCUCUACCGGUGAUGUGUUUUCCAGUGACGGCUCUUCCAGUGUUGUUUUCCAGUGAUAUUUCUCACUAUUGUUUUCCAGUCAUAGCUCUCCCGGUGCUUUUUUCCAGUCAUAGCUCUACCGGUGAUGUUUUCCAGUGACAGCUCUCUCAGUGUUGUUUUCCCGGUAUAGCUCUCCUAAUUUUGUUAUUACCAGUGACGGCUCUCCCAGUGUUGUUUUCCAGUGAUAUUUCUCCCAGUGUUGUUUUCCAGUGAUAUCCCGCUCAGUAUUAUUUUCCAGUAAUAGAUCAUCCGGGUUUUUUUUUCUUCUAGCGAUAGCUCUUCCGGUGUUCUUUUCCAGUCAUAGUUUUACUGGUGUUGGUUUCCAGUGAUAGCUAUCACGGUGUUAUUUUCCAGUCAUAGCGCUACCAGUGAUGUUUUCCAGUCAUAACUAUCUCGGUGUUGUUUUCAAGUUAUAUCUUUACCAGUGAUGUUUUCCAGUGAUAGCUACCUCUGUGUUGUUUCCAAGUGAUAGCUAUAAAUCUCCCAGUGUUGUUUAUCAAUGGCUAUUCGACAUAAAUGAAUAAGAACCACCAAGAAGACAAACCACCCAAAGAAGACACAAUUCCUGAUGGUAGUCUCAAACAGUGUUUUGUUAACCCAUUUCGUAAAAUCUAAAUUCCACUUGACAGCUGGACAAUGUCAUUGGCGGUCUAGAAGAUACCAGUUUAGAUAGCAACAACUUAAUCUGUUUGAUAGAUACAAUUAUCUAAACAUCUCAACCACGACGCGCAGCUUGAACAUGCUACAGAUAUGUGUAGUAUAAAAGAUAGCAGUUUAGAUGACUAUUUUGUUUCAACAUUAUCUGAAAACCUUCACCAGAAUGUACAGCCAGAGAAAACUAUAAAUGGUAUGGUUAGGCUAGAGGAUACAAGUUUAGAUAACAACAACAUGUGUUUGGUAGAUGAUCAUUUUAAACACUAUUUUGUUUCAACAUUAUCUGAAAACCUUCACCAGAAUGUACAGCCAGAAAAAAAUGUAAAUGGUAUGGUUAGUCUAGAGGAUACAAGUUUAGAUAACAACAACAUGUGUUUGGUAGAUGAUCAUUUUAAACACUAUUUUGAUUCAACAUUAUCUGAAAACCUUCACCAGAAUGUACAGCCAGAAAAAAAUGUAAAUGGUAUGGUUAGUCUAGAGGAUACAAGUUUAGAUAACAACAAUAUUUGUUUGGUAGAUGAUCAUUUCAAACAAAAUAUCGUUACUUCAUUAUCUGAAAACCUUAACCACAUUAUACAGCCAGAGAUAUCUGCAAAUGAUAUGUGUUGUCAAGAAGAUAAAAGAUCAGAUAACAACAUUUGUUUGGUAGAUGAUCAUUUCAAACAAAAUUUCGUUACUUCAUUAUCUGAAAACCGUAACCACAUUAUACAGCCAGAGAAAUGUGCAAAUGGUAUGGGUUUUCAAGAAGAUAAAAGUUCAGAUAACAACAACAUUCGGUUGGUAGUUGAUCAGUUUAAACGGCUAAAAGUGGUGGAACAACCAAAGCAAAGCGUAACUAACACGGGAUGUCUAAAGGAUGAAGAUUUAGAUAGCUGUGAUAAAACGGUCCCCACAACUUGUGAAAAACCAGCAGGAAACACAAAUGCUAGUGAUCUAAAACUGCGCAUAGUCUCAAAAAAUCGCAUAUUGGAACAAUCUGUGUCAUCACCAACCAACUGUAAACGGUUACUCACAAUAGAAGUCGUUCACGGGGAUAUUGCAAAGGAUAAUUCUCACGUCAUUGUUAGCCCUACUAAUACAAAACUCCAGCACAUGAGAGGUGCUGGGCGUCAUCUUAUGAACGUGGCUGGGAGUGAUGUUUCAGAAGAACUGAAGAACUACUUGCAAAGGAAGGCAGAAGUUCCGGUAACUAGUGUUAUCGUCACAAGACCCGGAGCUCUCUCGUGUCGUCAUCUCUUCCACGCGGUCGGACCAAGAUGGCGAAACUACAAAGACAAGUCCCAGUGUCGUCAUGAUCUGAUCGGCACGAUUGUCAAAUGUCUUUUCGAGGCUUACAGGCGAAAAAUGGUAUCCAUAGCACUUCCUGCAGUCUCUGCUGGCAGCCAAGGAGUUCCAAGACUAGACUGUGCCCAAAGUUACGUGAUGGCCCUGAAGGUGUUCGAGUCGAAAGUUUCCCGAGGUAGUCUCAGGCUGGUACGAUUUGUUGACACCGAUUCCAAGAUGGUGGAUGCUAUACGCAGACAACUUGAUGCCGAGUGGGAUAAUCCGUUUGACAUGGUCAGUUUGGAUCCACACGACAAUAUUCUCGAUGUGCUUACUUCUCAAAAUGAUACCACUUGUGUUGAAGUUACUAGUGAGAUAUCAGAUUCUAGCCAUGAAGGACAUGUUCAUCUUCCAGGACCUGUUCACCUUCCAGGACCACAAAUAGACACUUCAAAUAGCAGUCUAGAUGUUAAGUGUGUAGUGGUUGACAGGCCUGGCGUCCAUCAUAACGAGGAUACUGGGCCAAUGCCACCUGGAACAAUGACGCAUUUUACUGCCAUGGGUCAGCUACCCGGAUACAAAGAACCGGAGCAUAUUGUCAUUAACUACACCUUUGACAAUGGAGUCCAGUCGGCCAGUCAUCCGAAACCCGGACGUAAGUACAGUGGAUCUAAAUUCUGCUCCUACCUCCCAUGUACACACGAAGGCUUUGAAACUCUGGAGUUACUGCAGAAAGCAUUUUCUAGAAAACUCUUGUUUACUGUUGCUAAGGAAAGCGUCUACAGUGAAAAUUAUGUUGUAACCUGGGGAUGCAUCAGUCAAAAGCGAAACAAAGAUGGUGGCAGGACAAGGUAUACAAUACAUAUGGCUAUCCUGACCCAGAUUACUUUGAGAGAGUUCGGAAAGAACUGGCUAAAUUUGGAAUUGAACAUCUUUCUCGGUGACAUUGUGAAAUACAUUUACAUUUUGAAGUGUGUAGUCUAUGAUUUGUAACAAACACCACUCCUAUCUCCUGUUAAGUUUGAGUUAAGUUUGUACUGAUAGCAUAACUAUCUACAUCCCCGAGAUGUGUGCCCAGGACAGCGUGUUUGGACCUUAAUUGGAUAAAACCACAAAAGUCAAUUUAAAUACUGUGAAAUGCCAGGAAGAUGUUUGCCAUUCCUGUAUGUCCCAGGCGGGCAGCUAAAGAUCUAUAGUUGCGUUCCCAUGGCAGCGUGCUUGAACCUUAUUUGGAUAUGAACACGAACAUCGUUCAUCAUCGAAAUGAUUCCUAUAAGGAGAAUUUCGCUUCCAAUAAAUCAUCUUCUAAUUAAACAAUACAUUAUUCAGACCAUCUGUAUUGUUUUAAGUGUGUUUUUCAUUUAGUUUAUCUGUGACAGAGGAAUACGUGCUUGCCAUUUAACAACUGCAAUCAAUACGAAUGGUUUACGUUAGAAUUGAUUGUAACUUCAUACUGGGAGAAGUGUAAUGCUCUUUUGUGAAGGUCGAUAUGUAAUAACCUGCAGCAAGCCACCCAGGCUAACUAGACGUAUUACAAAGUAUCGCGUUUUCGAAGUCUGUGGUAGCUUACAGUUGGGUCCGGGAGAUGAUGUUAGGACUAUUGAUAAGCAUUUGUUUAGCUUGUCAUCGUGUAUAUUCAAGUAUACCAUUAUAACUUUCAGUGGCGGAUCCAGUGUCAAAUCGAGCAGGGGUCACAACGAGCCUGUGAAGCUGGCGUGUGGGGAACGGUGGGUGGUAGUAAUAUUUCAUUUGUUUUAUAUUGUUAUAACAGGCAGUGGCGGAUUUAGGAUUUGUUUUAGGGAGGAGAGGCAAUGCUUAAAAGAGGCACCUACUAACAGUAUUUCAGAAGUACAUUAACAAUGUUAGUAACAUGUAUUAUCUGUGUGGUAAUCUUCCACAAAUAUAUCAAGCUGACCAUUGUUUUCAUGUUCCCCACUAAAAAACAAUAAAUGCAUUGUUUAUCUGCUAAA